UUUAUUUUAAGCGGUGGAUUUGAUUUCUUUGGUCAUGUUGCACUCCGGUCGUUGAUGGCUCAACACUCAGUUUUUGUUGUCAUACUAUCUUAUUAUCAUGGCUGCCUUACCUCUGAGUGUUUCUGAUUGCUUUUACUAUUAAGUGUUUUAGCGUAGACAGUGAUGGAGGAUGAUGUGGAUAGUUGUAAUACGUAAUGCUGUAAUUCUAAGUUGAUAAUGUUUCAGGAAUCGGUCAGUCGUAGAAGAGCACUCUUUAUCUCAAACGAGAUCAAGUUUAAGUUGUGAUAGCCCACAAAACAAACCUAGUAAUAAGACAUUCGGCAAUUCACUAAGGUGUUCUGUUUCAUGUACUUCUUUAUUACCCGUAUUCAGUAUGCCUGCAGAAAAAAGUCCUUCGUAUACCUAUCGCACAGAUGGCGCUGAGCGUGGAUUGUGUGUUGUUUUUUCAGUUGAUAAAUUUGAUCCCAUUCUUUGUUUGCCACCAAGAAAUGGCUCUUUGGUUGAUAUACAAAAUAUUAAGACAGCUUUUGUAAGCCUCGAUUUUAAAGUCAUUGUGCAUUCAAAUCCGACGGCCGAAAACUUAUUGUCUCUAAUUCAAAUAAUCUCAACUCAAAAUCUUCGUGACCAUGAUUGCUUUGCAUGUGUUAUUCUUUCUCAUGGUGAUGAGGGUGGCUUAAUAUAUGCAACAGACGGUUCUGUUCCCGUAGAUCGUAUCAUUGCUCCAUUUCGCGGAGAUCAAUGUCCAGACUUAAGAGGCAAGCCAAAACUAUUUUUCAUCCAAGCUUGUCGUGGAAUGGCACUCGAUGAUGGUGUAUUUGUUUGUGAUGGAUCUCUGUCUAACAGUAAGUCUGCCGACGCUGCGACAACAAUAAGACGAAUUCCAGUUGAGGCGGAUCUUCUCAUCGCCUAUGCAGUUCAACCGGGUUAUUACGCUUUUCGUAAUUCUGUCAAUGGAUCCUGGUUCAUACGUGCUUUAUCGGAUGCCUUGCUUCGUUAUGGGAAUACUUUGGAUUUAUUGAGUAUCAUGACACGUGUAAACUAUGAUGUUGCUUAUGAAUAUGAAUCAAACGCAGCUAAUCCUGCAUUCUGUUGUAAGAAACAAAUGCCAUCGUUUGUGUCUACUUUAACGAAACAUGUCAUCUUUCCACCCAAAAAAACCUCAAAAUCAAUCCAAACUAAUGUAAAGUUUUGAGUUGUUGGUUGUAAAUGAACUUCAAAAAGUAACGAAAUAAUGAAUAUAUAUUUGUUUAAGUCCAGCAGAUUCAAAAGAAGAAAUGCAUAACGUGAUAUAAUUUGCAGAAAACUCUUGAGAAAAGUUUAAUUUACUUAGUUUGUACAUGUUAUUAUAUGCCAUGUUUAAAACACAAUGAAACCCUUUCUUAUCUA